AUGUCAGUCUCAGUUCCAUCCAUGUGUGCCCUGCAGACGCUCCAUAAGACCGGGUGGAUGCAGAUCAAAACCUACGGCGACGAGAAUUUCCCGAUCUUCAAUGUGGCCCCCAAGAAGCGGACGGGAGUUGAGAGGGACUACGAGGUGAAACCUUUGGAUCCGCAGCUGAAGCCUUGGCUCUCUACCAUCUUGACAGGCUUGCAAGGUGGUGUGCGGAACGGCAACAGCGAGUUGGUGGUGUAUGUGGCAAACCUGGUUACCCAAGGUGUCGUCAGUGCACCGAAGGUGAGCUUCCUGGUGCAGUCCCUGCAGAGUGGUGCUGCGAAUAUGCCGAACUCGUUUGUGGGUCUCGUCUUCAUGCCGAACCGGGCGUGUGAUGGACGAGCGAAGACGAAAGAGCAGCAGGAUGAGGAGGAGAGCGAAAUGAACAAAAAUGUGGCCGAAGACGACGGCAACGACAAUGAUGGUGACAGCAACCUUAAGGUGAAGGUGGAAGCAUUGUCGGCGCUGCGUGAUUUCAAAUACAACCUCCUCGUGACCCUGCAAGACCCAGCCCGAGGCCUUGAGGUGCGCACCCUCAACAUGAUCUUUGAGGAGUCUUCAAUCUAUGGCCAACGAAAUGCUUAUCAUGAAUGCUGGUUGGUCACCAGCACACAGGCCAGCACCUUGACCCGGAAAACGAUUUUCAAAAGGCUUGUGAUCGACAAGAUUCCGAUUUCGUAUGUGUCUGAGUGCGUGACUGAGGAGAUGGUGAAAGUUGAGGAGAUGAGACAACACCUUGCCGGGACCGGGCUCAUCAAGAAGGUGUUGACUGCAUUGGAUGUGAACAGAAUGCAUUCGGUGAUCGUGGAUUUGUUUGCGCACGACGGCUGGAUCGCGCUUGCAGCCCUGCAAUUGCAGUUGGAAAAUUGCAAAGUUGUUUGUGCCAUGGUUGCACACACCGAUGUGGAGCACAAGUUCUGCAAGGAAACUUGGGACAUACUCCGAGUGACGGUCCAUUCACUCUGUUCUUGCAUUCUGUGUGAUAUUGACUCCAGGAUGUGA